GCCAAAAUAUGUACCUGGUAACAGUUUGCUGAAUAUAUCUAUGUGCAUCAUCAGUAUUGUAGUACCGAGUGUGUGGAUCGGACAUCACUAUUUCCUUAUAAAUCUACCUUCCACUGGGAACCUCUGGUAUACCGGUAGCUCGCUAGCUCGGAAUUGGAAAUGGAAGAUCUUCACAACUAUCGCCAGUUCCUCAUGCAGUUCAACACGAUGUCAGAGAAGUGCUUCACUGUUUGUACAGCUGAUUUUUCAAGCCGGUCUUUAUCGCAGGCUGAGAAAGACUGCGUUGAAGCUUGUGUCAACAAGCACGUAGCUGUCAACCACCGCACCAUGAAGCAGUUUCUACUUGUUGGCCCUGCAGCUGACCGCAUGCUGCAGCAGGGCAUUACUCCCUCUGCUGAUAUGGCAGCAAUGCCACCACAGCAGCAGCAGCAGCAGCAGCAGCAGCAACGAAGAUAGCAGUGGCCAUUAGCCUGAUUUCACUGUAUAGUUAGUUGGGACGGCAAGAGAGGUGACCACACCACCAAUGUUCAUCCUGGCGUUUUGUGAAUAGCACCGGGUGUUGCCUGUAUCUCGCUUGCUUAUAUAGCUCUCUGGCGACGGGAGCUCAACUAUAGCAUCUUCUUGAAGUACCAUCUGGACAGUGAACUGAGUGGUGCAGUCCAACGGCCCAACGGGUUCACCGUCUGCUAAAGUAGGCUUCUCAUGAUCUGCUUUAUAUGGCGACACCCUCUCAUGGUGCUCACCGACGUGUUACAGUUGGAAGUGGAGUAACUAACCUGUGACUGCUACGGUAACUAUGGUAACUAUGGUAACCACCAGUAUGUCACUCACACUCCCUGGAGACACUCACUUGACUACUUGUAGUCUGAGCGUACUGGACUAUGCUUAUCCUGGCAGUGAUAGGUUUGGGGUAACUUGAUGAUCAACUCAUCUUGACCCAGCUGUACACCUCUGCCUUUGGUUUUGGUGUAUGUGCUUGUCCUCCACUGUUUGACGGUGAUCACCACAAAUGACCACUGCCGUCUUUCCCCAGUAUCCAUGUCAGACAACCCUUGCGGCACGGCACGCUUGUGCUAUUGCUCCGGCUGGCGUGUUCGUAAUACAGCGGUCAUUGUUUAGAAUGCUGCAACUUUACAUGUACCUGAUCUUUGACUCAUUAGGAUUCCUUGCAAUUGGCUUGGAUAUUUGCUGCACGUUUUCCUCUUCGUGUAAUGCUGGUUGUUACAUGCAAGUCUUUUCUUCACAAUAAUUAUGUUUUCCAUGCCUCUCUGCUGCUGUACUAGUUUGAUAUCAUGCCGAAAAGGACCGCGUCGAUGUAGUCUCUCU